CCCUUUUAUUUUUCAUCAGAAGCCCACUGCCACAGCAAAGAUCCCUCUCCGUUACUUGCGUUCGCAUAGCACCGAAGCGGCGCAAUGAUGGCGGUUUCCCUGGGUAUUUUUCCCGCCAUAUUGUCAUUUAUUUUCACUCUUGGCCAAUCCACUCCUCUGCUUCCUCCUCUCAACUCUCAAUCUCCAUGUGGAAAUCAGCAGGGGGUUAACUCCAUCUGCGAAUUGCAAGAAAUGAAGCUCCGGAUCACUCAAUUAGAAACUGUAAUGGAGGAAAUUGUCCAAAACUUUAAUGAAAAAUACCUUUAUCUGAAACAGCGCGAGAAGCUAAUUGAGGAGUUUUCACAUAAGAUCCAUCAUCUGCAGUCUGUUUUGUACAGUAUUAAGGGUGACUCAUCACAUGCCAAUGAAAGGCUGGCUGCUCUAGAAGAGGAGGUACGACUUCUUUGGGCUGCUUCAAGAAAGAACAACUUUGAUCUUCAUACUUUAGAAUCCAAAGCACAAGAUGCUGAAGACAGGUUGAACGUGGUCAGUAAACAAGUUGAACAGCUGGCUGACGUUGUUACAGAACAGUGGAUUCAAAUUCAGCAACUUGAGCAGGCUCUUCAAAUGGCAGAACUUCGGGCUUUGAAGGCUAAAAGGCAAGUAAGCAUGAUGAGAUGCACAUUCUUAAAGUUCAUCAACAACCUCUUUGGCAAUCAUCUUGAAAAAGUUUUCGGGAUGCUGGACCCAUAUUUAUUUGGAAGAGGUUCUACUUUGAGUUCCUACAAGUCUCGAUUUCUGCAUCAGUUGAAAAGAAUGUGGUCAGCAGCUAAAGCCUAUCAUCAUGAGUUACAAGGUUUCAUAAAACAAGAAAUGGAAAAAUAUGAGUUCACUGCAGCUCUUGCCAAUGAUGAAUUGGUAUUCUUUGUGGCUUCUGCUCUAAUAACCUUCCCGAUAAUGGGUGCUUGGAUGUUGGUCUCAUCACAAUUCUGCUAGCUGGGAAAAUUUUCCACGUGAAGUAGACUGCUUAUCCAGAUUGAUGAUAGCUAAAACAUAAAUUUGAUAACUACCUUUCUGGGCCUGGAUCGAUAUUAUUGUCAGUGUCUCGUUUGUAACAAUAGAUAACCAGAAUUUAAAUGUAACAGCUGUACAACUUGAGUUCAUUUUUGGAUUCUCUCUAUGAUAAUCAAAAGAUAUUACAUGCCUGGUUUCUCGAGUUUUAAUUUUUGAGCUUGUUAUACUUACCACUCUUACCAGCUGAUACCUAUUGCUGUUCUGUUGACAGGACUUUCAGCACAUUUGACACUAAUUGAUAAUUGCUAUACUGUAUUCCCAGUCCAUGACUUGAUUUUCCAUCUUGUCUUUUGAAUUUUUGGACCGCUGCAGGGCCCAUUAGCUUUAGUGGAAGCAGUAAGUACUCCUUAAAGAUGGGUUCAGUUAUCAAUCACUACCAAAAGGCCUUUCCGCCUUGGUACUAGAGUUACUAAUGGGCCUGGGAUUGCAGUUGCCAAAUUGAAGAAACUUUGCUAUAUUACCCUGCCAUAUUGGUAAUUUUGCCAUUCUUGCCCGGGACACUUGGGACUUUUUCAACCUCAUCCGUGAAUCCAGAGAGGUGGAGGAAGGAUGGAAGAAGCAACAUGGGAGCAGAGACUCCAGGCCUUAACUCACAUCCUAACGUACCCCACAACCGCACCACCUCUCCACUCUCAGCUGUUCAUCUCCACCCAGAUCCCAUGCUACCUCAAUUGGGACUACCCACCGGUACUCUGCAACAAGCCCCAACCCACCUUCCCUUCUCUUCACCUGUCAUGGGGCUUCUCUCUCUUUCUCAAAAGGAUCUCCAGAUUUGGGAAGCCGGAGACGUCUUGGAGGUCCAAGUGCCCAUUCCAGCAACCCCCGCCGUUGAUUCUUGCCGAAGGAGUGGAAGAAGCCAAGUGGGGUGAGGAAGAGAGGAUAGAGUAUGUGAGAAAGAGGCUGAGAAGAGGGCACCUUGUAAACAGAGUUCAUCCCUCAAUUCCAAUCCUCGUUCCUAAUCUGUUGUUGUUCUCUCUCUUGCUUUGGAACCCAUUUCCUCUUGACGACUCUUGAGCUUGACCGUCGGUGGUUCGUCCACUCCAUUCAUUUUUCUUUUAAUUCACAAUUUUUGUGGCAAA